AUGGUGCCUAAUAUUCAAUCACUUCAUUGGAGUGUCAAUAAUAGAGAUCAUCAAGAUUCAAAUAAUUACCUACACUCACCUUUAGAUUAUCAAAAUCACCACAAUGGGUCUUUACCUUCUAUUGAAUCAACUUUAAAUCAAAUAAACAAUGAACAUAAACUGGAUAAUCGUUUACCUAAACUUCCUUCGAUACAUUUCUUGACUAAAAAUGAUAUCAAUAAUACCAUCCAUUAUCCACCACCACUCCCACAACAUCAAACUAACUCAUCCAUACAUUCAUUUCAACCAACUUUAGCGUCACCAUUACAAUUCAGAUCUAAUGUAAACAAUCAAGCGAUUCAACACCCAGUCAUGUAUCACAAGAAUGACGUAAAUCAAAAUCAAUAUGCUCAUAACUCACCAACUUCACCAGUAUCUCCAAUACUUUCACCAUACUUGAAUAAUCAACAAAAAUUUUCAUCAUAUUCUCCUCCACAACAUAACAACGUGCCACAUCCUCAACAAACUUAUGGAAGUUAUUCUUUAUCAUCUUCAACUCCACCAUUGUAUGAAAAUCAAAUAAAACCAAAUUUUCAACAAUCACCAAUAAUCAAAAGUGAACCCAAGACCAAAAAGAAAAGGAAAACUACAAAAUCGUCAAACAACAACAUGAAUGCAAACAUAAAGUUCCGAUCAAAACCUGACUCAACUAAAAAUAGAAGAAAACCAAAACAAAAUUUGAUUAUCGAUACCAAAAAUAUUCAUUAUCCCAUACAUCAUUUGGAAUCACCAAAUGUCAAUCACGUUCCAGAGUCAAUUUUGAAUCAGUUUAAUACAUCAAUUUAUCCGAAAAUUGACACGAAAAAGUAUUCAACUUCUGCAAUUGAUCAAAAUAGAAAUUAUUUAACAGUUUAUGAAUACAAUAUUAAUGAUCAUUGGGUGAUUUGGGAUUAUGAAACUGGGUUUGUACAUUUGACAGGUAUUUGGAAAGCUUCUUUGAAUGUCAAAAACUCUGAAACUAACUCUUCACAAAAUGAGAAUCAUUCUGCUAACCAUUUGAAAGCUGAUAUUGUCAAAUUGUUGGAAUCAACUCCAAAAGAUUAUCAAUUUUAUAUAAAACGUAUUAGAGGUGGAUUUUUAAAAAUUCAAGGAACUUGGCUACCAUACAAAUUAUGUAAAAUUUUAGCAAGAAGAUUUUGUUAUUAUAUUAGAUUUGAAUUGAUACCAAUUUUUGGUAAUGAUUUUCCUGAAAGUUGUUUGAAACCAAAUGAAAAGGGGUUUGGAGAAUUGAAAUUGAAUGAUUUGGAGAAUUUCAAACAAGAAGAAUUACCAGAACCUGCUCCUUUACCAAUUGAAGUAAAUCAACCAUCUCAAGAACAACAACAACAAACUGAAAAAUCGUUUGUCAAUCAAGCAAAAUCAGGUCAACAAAAUCAUCCAAAAUACCAUCAAAAUAAUGUGGAGGAACCCGCAGUUUUAGUACCACCAGCUAACUUAAAUCAAGAACGAAAUCAAUCAGUUCCACUGAUGGGCACUUUUAUUCCAUUACCUCAACCGGAAGCAAUAAAAAUCAGUAGACCAUUCGGAUUUAAUGAAGGUUUGCAAUUACAGUCACCAAUGAGUUAUCAUAAAUACUCUAGUUCAAAUAGUAGUGAUACAUCAUUGAACUCAUCGGUUUUUUCGCGUUCAAACUAUGGCGAUGGUAAUCAUUCAAUUCAAAUGCCAAUGACUCCGAUGACUGCAGUUCAGGACACGAAAGAUUUUGAAAAAUCAAAUUCUUCAUCAUACGCAGACUUGUUAGAUAUUGUUAAUGCAUCCAAAUGUCUUCAAUCUUUGAGUCAAGAACCACCAAUUCAGCCUAUCAAUCGUAAAAGAAAAUUUAUGAGUAUUGGAAGCCUUCCAAAACCAAAUCAUCAAAAUGAUGAAGACCAAACCGACUUAGAAGAUGAAAGUAAUAGUAAUUAUACUACUAUAUUACCAUCAAUUAAAAAUCAAAUUCCCGAUGAUAACGGUAUAUCAUCAAUUUUAAUAGCAGCUGAAUUGAACAGCCAAAAAGAUCAGCAACAAGUACAAUUCCCACAACAAAAAACAUUUAAUCAAAAACAAAAUACUUCUUCAAUUAGAGAAAGACCAAGUAUGAGAGUUGGUGAUUUAGCAGCUUAA